AUGUAUUUCUACAAGCAAAAGCUGCUGCAUGCGGCGCAGCUAAAGAAGCUCUUUGAACACAAAUAUUCCUGCACCAAUGUCAGCUUAAUGGAUCCGUUCCUGCAGCCCUGGUGGUGCUGGCUCGUAUCGAAGGUGCCACUCUGGUUAGCACCAAAUCUCAUCACGACCGUAGGCCUGCUGAUCAACAUCGCCACUACGCUGAUUCUGAUCUACUUCAGCCCAACCGGUCGAGAGGAACCACCGAGAUGGGCUUCCGCGCUUUGUGGUUUCGGACUGUUCAUCUACCAAAGCCUGGAUGCGAUCGAUGGCAAGCAGGCGCGCAGAACUAACUCAUCCUCGCCGCUUGGUGAGCUGUUCGAUCACGGCUGUGACUCCAUAUCGACUGUUUUCGUCGCCCUAUCGGCGUGUAUCUCCGUCCAGCUUGGCUUCUACCCGCGGUGGAUGUUUUUCCAGUGCUUCUGCGCCAUGACGCUGUUUUACUGUGCCCAUUGGCAAACGUACGUCUCUGGCACGUUGCGUUUCGGGCGCAUCGACGUUACCGAAGCACAGUGCACGAUCAUCGGCAUUCACAUGAUAUCGGCUGUGUUCGGUCCAUCGAUCUGGAUGACGAAGCUACCGUUGAUGGGGGGCAUCGACGUUAAGACGAUCCCGCUCUACUUUGCCGUGUUUGUGUUCGGGCUGCUCGCGUAUCAGAACUCGGCCGUUAUCUUUACCGGUGGCGUGGGCAAGAAUGGAUCAACUGUCGCUGGCACGAGCGUGCUGUCACCGAUCAUCCCGUUCUUGUUCGUCGUGGUACCAGCGUACGUGAUCUCGCAGAAGUCAACUGAUCAGAUAUACGAAAAUCAUCCCGCUCUGUACAUAAUGGCGUUCGGGAUGAUUACGGCCAAGGUGACGAACCGGCUGGUGGUCGCCCACAUGACGAAGAGCGAAAUGGAAUACCUGGAUUGGGGACUAAUCGGCCCACUGUGUCUGUUUCUCAAUCAGUACUUCAACAGCUUUCUACCGGAAUACUACGUGCUGUGGUUCUGUUUGCUCUGGUGCACUAUCGAUCUGAUACGAUACUGUGGUCAAGUGUGCCUAGAAAUUUGUGACUACUUGAAGAUCGAACUCUUCCGCAUACCCUACCCACCAAAGCCCGUUAUGACAUCACAAGGUACGAACCCUCCACAGCAUCACCACCAACAUCACCACAACCAUCACAGUCACGAUAACAAGAACGGUACGCAUAGUUUAGCCAAUAACAACCAGCAACAUCAGCAGCAGUCAGUGACGUCCUCGCAGCAGCAAUCGGCCAACAGAAAGCAAACGCGUGCCAGCAGUAGAAAGCAAAAUUCCGCACAGCACCAGUGA